UUUUCAGAAAAAAGAUAAAAACUUAAAACCCUAAAAACACAGUCGCUCAUAAACCCUCCCCCUCUGUACCUCCUUCCGGCGCAGCAGUUUGCCGUCGACAUCAAUCUCCGGCGAACUCUCAUUUGCUUCAAACAACCGUUCUCUUUGCGAAACUGAAUUUUAUCAUUGUUUGCAAUUUCAAUCAUGACAACUUUACUGGAACUCAUUAAGGAUGCGUCUGUUAAUUCCAAAUCACUUGAUUUACAUUCGGAUUAUCCGGUUGUUCUCAAUCCGGAUCAGAUUUUUUCUAAUUUGAAGUCUGAACUUAAAGAUGAUUCUUCUUCGUACCCUAUUAAACCCGUUAUUGGAUGGAAAAUUUCUAAAACUGAUAACGAAAUCAUUGAGAUCAACAAAAAAUUUAUGGAGGAGCUGAAAAGGAAGGUUAAGAGCACGAAUAAUUUGAAAAAGGAUGAGUUUAUUGGUAGUUUGAUUUCAUUUCUUGAAAACAUUAGGAAGAAAGUUGGGGUUUUGAUUGAGACCGGUGAUUCCUCUGGUAGUGCUUAUUGCAAGAUUUUGAUUCAUAAACUUGGAUCUUUCAUUGGUAAAGAUGUUGCUGGUCUGGUUUUGGAUGGGUGUGUUUUGUUGGAGAUAUGGGAAUUGGUUGAACCUUUGAUUAUUAAUGGUGUUAUUGUGAAUUCGUGUUAUUCAAACCUGGUUGUUAAGCUGGUGGAAAAAAAGAGGUCUGAUUUGAUCUGUUUGUGUUGUAUGCAUGCAAGUGAUCUCGGUACGUUGGAAAUAUUCUCCAUUUUGAGGUAUUUUCUUUCUCCGUCUAAAGAUGCUUAUGAUUCUAUGGUAUCUAUAAAGAAGGAGUGGGAGAAUCAAACAUUGUUUGCCAUUGAGACAGCCAGUAACAGCAACCUCGAGCGGAAGAUUUCGCUUGUUGCGAAGGAGGCUUCUAUUUUAUUUAUGAUGGCAUACGAUGGUUUCUCUGCCCCUGAACUUUGUUUGCAUUACUUGGUUUCAUCACCAAACAUCAACAAUGCAAUGUCAUCCCCUGCAUUCAGUAAGUUGAAUGGCAAAGAGUUGUUGAACUUGAUUCGCUAUUUAGCAAAGUGGUUUAAGAAAUAUGAGAGGUUUACUCAAUCUGGUCCAUGUCCGAAAGCCCCAUCAGUUUUAGGUUUGGAUGCAUACCAUUGGAUUCCUAAACUUGAAGAUGUUGUAAAAUGCCUUGGUUUUGUGCUUGAUGAGAAUUUUUCUUCAUUGGUGUUACACCCACAGUUUCAUGAGGAGUUAAGAUCAAUUGAAGGACUGGUUAGUUGUUUGACAGGUGAAGCCAAAGUUUGUAACAUGCUGACUGCUGUAACCGAAAAACUAAAGAUCGAAGUAACCCGAGGAAGUAAGUUCCUUCCAAAGGGGACAAAGUGAUUUAAACAUUUACUCAUGUACGACUAGUUAUUCUACGUCUGAAGACUGCAAAUUAAAAGAAGAGAGAAUAUCUACGAUUGAGCAGGUAAACUUGCCAUUUAUAUAUGUGGCGAUGGGAGAGCUCAAUCAUGUGUAAUAGAAAAACAAAUUGUGAUGAUCUGGUAGUGGUUUGAACCCGAGCUGACAGGCUGAACUAUAUAUGUAACCGUUCCUAUUGCAAUUUUGUUCACUAUGACAAAACUUUAUUUGACUUUUGUUUCCUUCAGUUUCUCUUUUGAUAUCUUAAUUUUUGGUUGGUUUUUA